CGUUUUAAGUAGGUACACGUGUCAGUUAGGAGGGCCCUUGUAAUUGUAUGUCACCAAGAACAAGAUUCGUGUCAUUCUGUUAGCACCUCAAUUGUCAACGUGUCAACCAAAGUCCCUCCUCUUUUGCCGCAUCAUCCACCACGUAUCACUCCACCUCUCCUCUCGCCUCUAUAAAUUCUCACGAACCCCGCUUAAUUUCCCUCGACGUCUACGUUGAUCAGCCUCUAAAAGCGAAAAACUUCGGUUAAGGUGAUUGAAACGAAGGAGAAAAAUGGCUUCAAAUCAGCAGCAAUCAAGAGAAGAACUUGAUGCGAGAGCAAGGCAAGGUGAGACUGUAGUCCCAGGAGGUACUGGAGGAAAGAGCCUUGAAGCCCAAGAACACCUCGCCGAAGGGAGGAGUCGAGGAGGGCAGACGAGGAAGGAGCAGCUGGGGACAGAAGGGUAUCAGGAGAUGGGUCGAAAGGGUGGACUGAGCACCACCGAUGAAGCUGGUGGUGAACGAGCAGAGAAGGAGGGCGUCUCCAUUGAUGAGACCAAGUUCAGGACCAGGAGUUAAUUAGCUAGUACUUCUGCCAUUUCCUGACGUUAACUGCCGCAGCUUUUAGCUUUGUAAUAAGAAUGUAUAGGUGCUGAGUGUAGUAGGCAGGUUAAGUUUCGUCUGAUGUAUUUCCAUUAGUAGGUUGUGGCUUGUAGUUGUGAAGUAGUUGAGGUCAGUUGGGAUAUGUACUUCGUAGCGGAGGCUUAAAUG